AUGCAAACAAUCUUACUCCCAUCUUCUGCCGCUGCUUUUGCGCCGCGAUCAUCCCCGAAUGUCGUGUUGAAUACCAAGGUUGAGCCUUGGUUGACGGCCACCCUGAAGCGAGUUAACCGGGUCAAGCGUCCUUUGAACAAUGUCACCCAGCAUACCCGGUGUUUGACGGAAACACUUUCGUCAAAAAAUGCAAUCUGGACUCUAUGUUCCAUGAUGUUCACCAAGGCCCCCCAGGCAGAGCUAGAGAAGAACGAGAACCAGCUUUGGGAAUCCCUGCACAGCCACCAAAUGAUUCACAUGGAGGCCUAUGUUGUACAUGUCGACAUGGUCUCCCGCAACGAGGUGGUUUUCAAGUUGACUCCGGAAACCAUCGAAUCCCUGGUUGAUUUUCACAAGGAUGUCUACUCGGUGGAUGCCGCCGCCAACACAUACGACUGGCCAGGAAAGCACGGUGAGCUGAAGAGGUUACAGGAGGAGUUUGUCCAAGCAGCCAACAAGUUUGUCUACCGUGCCAAUGCCCAGGCACUUGAGGGGCUAGAAGAAGACGGCGCCGGAGAGCUACUAAGCGGUCGCAGCGACGAAGCAAAGGCAGCCAUCGGCAAGCUCUUUGUCCCACUGGUUGCCCCUUCACCUCCAGUGGUGGAUGUUAUGCGCCCAAUUCCUCUCCUGCCUAGUUCGACAGGCCCGGAAAACUGGUGGCAAAACCCGGUGCCCCAACAAGCACCACUCGAGUCGUGGAAAGUACUGUCGCCCAGCCCCAACCCGGCCACCACGGGUGAUUCUAAUCCGAAUCUUUGGGCUAGUCUCAGUUUCAGUGAUGCCCAACUUGCCUCACCGACCCCGUCUUACAGCCAACCCUUCACUCCUUCGCCGUUCCAGACCUACAACUGCCUACCAACCACCUGUAUGCCAACUACCUGCAUGCCGACCACGUCAGCCGCCAUCAGUCCGCUCCCGUUGCCGACCAUGUUCCCAAGCAUAUUCCCGAGCAUGCUUGUACAACCUUGCAGCACAGCUUUCAACAUGGGGGGCUUUAGCUGGGCCGACUUUGCUCCGCUACCGUAUGGCACGAUCGUCUAG